AUGAAAACCAGUACUCCGGAGCAAACAAGAGUCAAGCUCCAGGAAAUGCUGCCAAGGUCUCAAUGGACAACAAUAAACCCUCUCCUUGUUGGCUUCGGGCAGCAAAUAUGUCUCCCAGUAGGGCCAAAAUGUAGCACGUGCUUAUGUCAAGAUAUAUGCCCUUCAUGCGUAAUCAAAACCGUAAAAAAGACAGUGAAAAAGAAAGAGUGA